CGGUGCCCUGGAGCCUGGGCAAGCUGCCUCUGCCUAGCACUUCUUGUGAAGGAUCUCCCUGCAGAGGUUUGUGGUGAGAUCCACCCUCGGACAUUCCUGAAGGAUAUCUCAUUCUAGCCCCUGUAGCUCCCAGCCAUGUGGCUGUACCUGGCGGCCCUCGUGGGCUCGUACUACCUUCUGCGCUGGUACCGGGAGAGGCAGGUGGUGAGCCACCUCCGUGACAAGUACGUCUUCAUCACGGGCUGUGACUCGGGCUUCGGGAGCCUGCUGGCCAGGCAGCUGGACCUGCGAGGCUUGAGGGUGCUGGCUGCGUGUCUGACGGAGAAGGGGGCCGAGCUGCUAAAGAGCCAGACAUCAGACAGGCUGGAGACAGUGAUCCUGGACGUGACCAAUACAGAGAGCAUCGCUGCGGCCACCCAGUGGGUGAAGGAGCACACGGGGGACAGAGGACUGUGGGGCCUGGUGAACAAUGCUGGCGUCUCUGCACCCACGGCACCCAAUGAGUGGCUGACCAAACAGGACUUUAUGAAGAUACUCAACGUGAACCUGUUAGGGGUGAUUGAGGUGACCCUGAGUCUGUUGCCCCUCGUGAGAAAGGCGAGGGGCCGUGUGGUCAACGUCGCCAGCGUCUUGGGUCGUGUGUCUUUGUAUGGUGGGGGCUACUGCAUCUCCAAGUACGGCGUCGAGGCCUUCUCGGACUCCCUCAGGAGAGAGGUCUCCCACUUUGGAGUGAAGGUGGCCAUCAUUGAGCCUGGUUACUUCAAGACUCCUUUGACCAAUACUGAGGUGAUAUCUAGGAGCUUCCAGGAGACAUUUGAUCGGGCCAGCCCAGAGGUCCAGGAGGCCUAUGGGGAGAAGUUCCUGACAUCCAGCAUGACGAUCAUUGGAUUACUGGAGAAACAGUGCACAAAGAACCUGUCCUUGGUGACAGACUGCAUGGAACAUGCCCUGACUGCCUGUUACCCUCGCACCCGAUACUCAGCUGGUUGGGAUGCCAAGUUCAUCUACCUCCCCAUGAGCUACAUGCCCACCUUCCUGGUGGACACUAUGAUAUCCUGGGGUUCCCCACGGCCUGCCAAGGCCCUGUGACCAAAGACCAGCGUUCAUGGUAGAGCUGAGUUGGGUACUGGGAGGGAGGGGAUAUUUCAGCAGGAGAGAAGUAUAAUGGAGUUUUUUCACAUUUUCAGUAAUGCUUUAUAAGUAAAAUUAAGUAAUUGAAUCAAAGAAUAUGCAUUUCUUUAA